GUUCUAACUCUUCCUUACGUUCAUCUUUCACUACAUUCUUUGCUAUUUACUAGUGACUCUUAAGAACUCAUAGCUAGAAUCAUGGGAACUAAUCUUGUACUUAUGUAUAACAACAAAGUCAUGAUUCAUCUUUGGUUUAUCAUAUGUAUAUGCAUAAAUUCAUGCUAUUCUCAACAACCUUACGACAGUUCUAAUUGUUAUUCAAAUGAAACAUCACCAGGUUCAAGGUACACUUGCAAUUCAACACAUGACACAUGCAAAACAUUCUUAGUAUAUAGAGCAAAUCAAAAUUUCCAAACCAUUUCACAAAUCUCAAACCUCUUCAACAAAAACACCAAUGAGAUUCUUCACAUAAACAACCUCACAUCUUCUUCACAAAUACUCAAACAAGGUAAAGAAGUUCUUAUUCCUAUUGAAUGUACAUGUUCUAACCAAUUUUACCAAGCCAAACUCAGCUACAAAAAUCUUGAAAGCUCAACAACAUUUUCCAAUAUUGCUUGUGAGGUUUUUGAAGGUCUAUUGAAACAUGUCACACUUUCCGAUCAAAACGAAAAUCAAGGUAAUGAACCGAAAUUCGGUGAUGUUAUUCAUGUACCUCUUAGAUGUUCAUGUCCAAAAAAUUACUCUAGUAUUAUGAAAGGUGUAAUAAAGUACUUUGUUACAUACCCUCUUAUACAAGGAGAUAAUUUUGAUAAAUUGAGUAAAAAAUUUGGUAUCUCACUUGAUGAUUUCUUGGAAGCAAAUCAAUUGCAACCCUUGUCAUCAGUUUUUCCUCAGACGGUUGUUUUGAUUCCAAUAAGAGAUGCAAAUGGUCCAAUCAAAAUAUUCGACAUUCCAGAUUCUCCUUCGCCACCUCCUAAUUUUCUUCCAACAAAUCCGUUUACACAAGAAUCAACACAACCAUCAAAUUUGUAUAUUGCAGGACCUAUUAUAGGUUUUGUAUUGUUCAUUACAUUGGUUGCAAGUGGAUUUUAUAUGAAGAAAUUGAGAAAAACUGAUGAUGUUAUUGAUUCCUUUAAUCCAACAAACUCAACCACUUUAUGGUCACCAAUAAGAACCUCUACAACUUCAUGCUUAUCUCCUGAUUUUCUUGUUGGUAUCAAGUAUUGUUUGCUUAAUUACCAUAUAGAAGAGAUUGAAAAAGCUACAAAUUUUUUUAGUGAUGUGAACAAGAUUGGUGAUUUUGCUUAUAAGGGGUUAAUCAAUGGUAUUGAGGUUAUGAUAAAGAGGAUGAGAUUUGAAGACACUAGUGAGGUAAUUGAUUUACAUUCAAGAAUCAAUCACAUUAAUAUUGUGAAUUUAAUUGGUGUUUGUUAUGGUGAGAGUGAUUUAAUUUCAUGGUCUUAUUUAGUUUUUGAGUUACCUAAAAAUGGUUGCUUAAGGGAUUGUUUAAUGGAUCCAUGCAAUACUUUAAAUUGGCAUAGAAGGACACAAAUAGUAUUUGACAUAGCAACAUGUCUUUACUAUUUACAUUAUUGUUCUUUUCCUUCUUAUGCUCACAUGAAUGUGAAUAGUAGAAAUAUAUUUGUAACUGAAAAUUGGAGAGGAAAAUUGGCAGAUGUGGGGGGUGUAUCUAACAAUCUUUUGCAUGGGACAGUUUCACAAAAGGUUGAUAUUUUUGCAUUUGGUGUUGUGUUGCUUGAGUUGAUAUCAGGAAGAGAAAAGUUUGAUGGAAAAUUGGUUAAAGAUUGUGUUGGAUUUUUGUUUGGGGAAGGUAGUGAAGGUGGUGGUUGUUUUGAGGGGUUAAGGAAUUUUGUGGAUCCAAAUUUGAAGGAUUAUUCACUUCCAGAGGCUCUUUGUUUGUGUUUUUUAGCUAAGGAUUGUGUGAAAGAUGAUCCAUUGCAUAGGCCAACUGUGGAUGAUAUCAUGAAGGUUCUUGCAAAAAUGGUUUAGAUAAGUGUAGAUUAAGAAAAUUUGUUACCAAAUUUAGGUAAAACUAAGUUUGUAACUAUGGAACUUUAUUGUAAGAAAAUUGUAAUCAUGAGAAAUAUUCUUAA